AUCCUGUUUUACGGUUUUUCUUGCGUCUAGAUAUAUACAUAUACUGCUCGACCCACGCGCUGCAAGGAAGCAUCGGUGCUGUAACGUAUGUAGGAAGGCACGCCAAGGAUUCGUAAGCGUGGACGCAUUCAUCAUCUUCACUCGCAAACGACUUUUUCACAAACAAAACGAACAACGGAUUUAUACGGACGGAUCCGUAGCUGAGCAUCAACUCGGACGCGGUCGUAGAGAUUCGAUCGCGAUCGCUGGACGGAAACGGAACGUCCUUGCCUCGUGGGUGGCAAGUCGAAGGAAAAUCGAAUUAUCGUCGAAUCGAGUCGGAUCAGUCCAGAGGAGAGAAGCAAACGUAGCAGAAGGAGCAGAGAUAGAAGAAAACAGAAGCGGAGUAGAGUAGGGUGUGGCUAGUUCUCGGGGGUAACGGAGGAAAUAAAAGAAGAGGAUAUUAGGUUUGUAGAAGAGGCGGUUGGUCGGGUGGUCGGGGUGGCUGGGUUUCAGACGACCACCGAGCUAACCGGCUGCUGUCAGCCAAUGCCUUCCUGAGGUGGUGGCGUGUUCGCGCUCCCUUUUCUCGAGUUUCAAGUCGAGACAUGGCCGAUCUCGAGAGGAUCAGAUUGGUGGUGCUGGGCGGUGCUGGCGUUGGGAAAAGCGCGAUCAUACGGCGAUUGCUCGGCCAAGGAUUCAACGAGAGAUAUAGGCCUACAGUCGAGGAUCUCUAUUCGAGAGAAUGCGUUCUGGGAACCCUGACGCUCAAGGUCGACCUUCUGGAUACCGCUGGCGAUUUGCAGUUUCCAGCUAUGAGGAGAUUGAGCAUAGCCACGGCGCACGCGUUUCUUCUGGUCUACGCUACAACCUCGUUACCAAGCUUCGAAUGCGUCAAGCAAUGCUUCGAAGAAGUCAGAGAACAGCGACCCGAUUUCCAGGAAGUACCGAUCGUAAUUGCCGGAAACAAGCUGGACCUUGCACCAACGCGGCGAGAGGUGGCCAUCGAGGACGUGAGCGAAUGGGUAUUUUGCAAAUUGCCGAAGCUCCGAGCAAAGGUGAUGGAAUGUUCCGCCAAGGACGAUUACAAUAUCAAAGACGUCUUCAGAUGUUUCGUCGCCCUGUCCAGAAUCGUGCAGAAGAACAACGCUGGCGAGUCUGACGAAUCGGGCCUUAGACGAAGAUGUUCCGCGUACGGAUCUCGCAGGUCUGGUAGCCCACACGGCAGAACAGGGAGCGCCGGUGGACACGGUGGGAAUUCCCAGCAAACAGUCGCGGCACAAGGUUCGAACGUCGUGGCUGUUACAGAGGAGACGAAGAGCAAACCGCGCAGUCGAAGUUUGAUCAGACGCGCUUCGCGGAAAACGAAGCAGCAAAUCAGGGACGCUCACACGGACGACUGCAACAUCUCGUAAUUUAAUCAUCGUUCCUCCCGAUCCCAUCCUUCGUCUGUCGACAGCCGGUAAUAAAAUCGGUAAGAUCGAACAGGCUCGAUGGCAACGCGAUCGAUCGCGCGGCCGAAACUCUAUACGCGAGACGGUGGUAGCGGGAAUACUAGAGGCGGAAACGCAUCGUUGCCGUGUUACUUGAACGCACAAGACGUAAUUGCUAUAUAUCCGCUUUGCUUCUGAAUCGUCCUGUAAAUUAUCAUUGUUUCAUUAUUUAAAGAUAAACAUGGGAACCCUCGAUAGGAAUAACGAUCUCAAUUAUUUUCGUAUUGCCAAACAUCUUGUACAUGAUUUCGCAAAGGUUUCGUGCGUUCACGUGGCGUGAUAAUUUGUUUCCGUUUGAAUCGUAAAAUUUGGUAGAAACACCUCGAACACCUUAAACACCGUUUUGUAAAAUGUUCGUUUGUUUUUUCUGAGAGAGACGCGAUUUUGCUCGAGUCCUUUCUACCAAACGUCAAAGACUCGUUGGCCGGACGGUCUCCGCCAUCGUUCGACCGCUUCACGUAUAGACUUUACGUAUGGUAUUACGAGCGAACCGUUUUAAUUUUCACAGAAUUUACUCAGCUCGCUUCGAAAAAAAAGGGGAAUGAGAUAUUGAGCGCGAACGAUGGUCGGAACGAAUAAUUCCCGUUCCGUUCAGUUUUCGCAAAUAUUUAUUUCAAUCAAGACCGACUCGUGCAAAUUUUUGCAAGCAUGAAAAUAUUUGUAUUUCGGCAAGUAUGCACACGUCUCGUAUACGUAUGCGUGUAGUGCGUGUAGGUAAGGACAAUUAUAGUUUUGGGAAAUGUACCUGUACCGGCAAUCUGUCUGGAACACGUUGCGUUUCAUAGUUGUUAGGCUAGCUUAGGGAUGGGGAACCUUUCAACGUACGAAAGGAUAUCACUUCAGGUGGUACCUUGUACGACCAGACGCUUGUGUACAAUCAACUUCGCCAAAAGUUAUACAGAGAUACACACCUACAUAUAUAUAAAUUAACGUCAUAAUUUACAUCCAUACUGUUAACAGAUAGAGAUUCAUUCUUAUACAUUUCACAUCAAAUUUCAAAAAUUUUAUUCGGUAUUAAGUGAAACUUGGAAAUAAGUCUGCUAAGGUUUCCUUUCCCUGUGCACUCCAAAAUAGUUUUGAAAUGCAACGUCGGCGUCGUACCACCAGAUACGCAGCAAACCGUACAAAACAAAAGAACCUUGCAGUUUGAUAUAAUAAUAUCUGGAUCCAAAGCGAGCAGCAUAUCAAUUUUUAUAAUUCCAUAUACAAUUUAAUUAAAUCUAUUUUUCGACCCGUCUUUUGUACACGCACAUGCUUGCAAAGGGCGUUGAUGUAUGUAUUUGUCAGCGAAACUUAGGUGACCGUAUUCAUUCGUUGAGAUCGAAACGUAUGAGAGCAACGGGGCUAGUAAAAAAUGUUUCUGUGCUUGACGAGUGAAACGAAAGCGAGAGAUGAUUCAGCAAUUGCGCGAUAUAUUAUCGACACCUUUUCCAACAAAUAAAAGCGUGAAAAAUUCCGCGAUCCAAUGUGAAAAAAUUCAAAUUCGUUUCAUUAGAAACAAUAGUCGAGUAGUAAUCCAAUCCAAUCGAAUCGAAUCCAAAAUAGAGACACAAAGCUACCUACGGAAGCGAGUCGCUGGAAUUGUGGCAAACGGAACGCAACGAAUGCGUCGAUCUCUCUACCUAACUCAAACCUAUACACGUUCAACCGCAUACUCGACCAAUCGAUUGUUCCAUGCCAAUAUGCGCUCGCAUUUUUUCCCUUACAUUUCACACUCUUUUUUUCACUUUUAUUUCCCUAUUCGAAUAACGAUUUGUCAUCGGUUCGCCGAGUUGCAUUCGCUCGUCGACGUACAUACAGAGUGUGAAACGAAUUAUCAUUGCAAGAAAUAAUUUCCAUUUAAAAAUGUAUGCGAUAGAGUACAAUUUAGACCUAAUCUGACUACACUGUAUCACAAAUGUUUGCCUCCGACCCCUCUCUUUCUGAGUCCUCUUCAGAAAUAACUAAUUCAAAGUCCAUAAUUAGAAAAGUAUUUAAUAUAAAGAUUAGUAUUCAUUUUUCUCGUCGUUUCGUACAGCUUUAAGUAAGCUUUCAAAGUAGAUCGACGAUCGUUUGUUCGAUCUUGAUAAACGUGAAAUUUAAAAUGGACCGAAUGUGUCUCGACGAAUUAUCCUGUCCGUCCUCUUCUACGCGUUACUUCGUUGGUCCCAUCGAGCGAAUCGGAGUUUUGUCGAUCGAACGACUUGGUAUCGAGGUUCACAUUUUCUAGACCAAUAAUAUCGAUACGCGUAUGCGAUAGCAAGAUUAUUAAAAGUCAAGUAAUUUUUGUAAAAAAUAAUAUUUCAGUCAAAGGUUUCAGCCCUGUGAUGAAGACAUUUAUUUUCAGGCCACGCGGGCCAUAGUUCAGGAUGUUGAAUGCAGGAAUGAAGAACAGUCAUCCGAAUGUACGAGCUUAAUAAUAAUCGUGUAACUCGAUCCCGAGUCGCUGAAGAUUCAAAUAGCUACGAUUGCCGAGAUGUAAUACAUACGCAUACGCGUGCACAUACAUACACACACCAGACCAAUUUUACUAAAUAUUUUGUGACUGUCUGUUUGUCUAAACUGUAAACACCAAAGUAAUUAUCUGUACCCUGUAAGAAUAACAUAUCUCUUCAUCGAUUUCGAGAACGUACGUAAAUCCAUUUCUCCCGCUGAAUAAUUCGUAAUGCGUUGAGUAAGGGUAGAAGAAAAACUAGAAAAACAAAAAAAAGAUAUUUUUAUUACUGAAAAUUAAAAUCUUGUUUCUUCCUAUUUUAAUCUAGCGUACAUGUAGUCGUAUCGUACGCAAGUGUAUCGACGUGCCAUUAUUUGUUAACAUGUAUAGUAUCGUGUUUCGUAUUAACGUAUCACUGUGGCUACGCAACAACCCAAAUCGUGGAACGAUUGCUGCAUGUCGCGUCUACGGAAGCAAAGAAUACAAAUCAAUGCGUUAUCAAAUGAAUCAAGCUAGUCGCUCCCGAUACCAUGAAAUUCCGUAAAUUGUAUAAACAAAUACAAUUAACUGUAAAUAAUGCUUCUUGAACGUAUUCCGCGAAUAGCAACACGAGGAAGAAGCAAAUAGAUUCUGAAACGACUAGCCAAUGCCCCUGCUUCUUCUGCAUUAUAAAUUUAAAAUAUAUUAUUGUUUGUUGUUUAUGCUGUUCUUGUUAUUAUUUCACGUUACAACAAAAUAAAGCUAAAGCCUCAUAAAGAGAU